AUGGUACAAGUACGCAUGCGUAACAGGAAGUGCCUUCCAGAAUGUUCCCUGACUCACAUAAGUGUGGCGCUCGUCGCCGCGUCGGAUUAUUAUUCUACUUAUCUGGUCAGUGCUGACCAUGUCUCAUCCUCAAAUCCUGGAUCAUCGUCAUCUUCACACGCUGACCAUACCAAUGAAGAUGAUGAUGACCUUUUCCAAGAUGAUACAAAUGAAGAUAUUCUGGCCACGGCUUUGGACGAGGCGGCAGAUUAUGUUGGCAAUUCAGAAAACGAGGAAGAACAAGAAGAGGCAAAUAAUGUUGAAUAUCUUAAUUUAAUUAAUACCAGUAAUAAUCUAAAUUCUACCAAAGAAGCUGAAGUGGAAGAAGGUACUGCUGCAGUGUCUGGAAUUUCGACAGUAUUUAAUAGAGAAUUGGUUAAUAGUACCUCCAACUCGACAACAAACACUGGUACGACUUCAUGUAGCAAUACAAGUAGCCCUGCCAGUAGCGAUCUAACCAAAGAGGAUCUUGAUUUAAUCGAUGUCUUGUAUCGACAAGAUAUUGACUUGGGUGUUCAGAGGGAAGUCUACGAUGUUAAUCUGAGAAGAGAACUUGAACGAGAACAAGAACAAGUGCUUCAAAAAGAGCGGGAAAAACACAAGCAGCUUGAACUUCACCAGCUGAAAUUGCAAGAAGAGCAACACCGACUUAAGCAACAAUGGUUGAUGGAAAAUUAUACGAGGGACACCGAGACAGGUGAAUGGAUCCCUCUACAGCAGACACCAUCACCCCCACUGCAGCAGCAGCAGCAGCAACCACCCCAAUUGCAGCAUUGCAAUUAUGGAAAUGUAUCACAAAUAAAUGUUACUGAACAACCACUUCAACCCACUACAAGUAACAACCAAUCAGAAUUGGCUUUGCGGUCAAUUCCUUUGAAUCCUAAUAUUCCGAAUUCCAGCUUAGAAGAGGCUUUACAGACUCUGGAUAUUGAAAGCAGGAAGAAUGUUAGUGAAGAACCAGCAUUAGAACAUUACUUAGACAAUUACCUUGCUAGUAAUCAGAUUGCUAACUUCUCUGAUACGUCCUCUGAUCAACUAAGUGGACCUUCAUUUGGCUGCAACUUACUGCCUUGUUCCUCAAAUGUGACCAAUAGUUGUCCCGAGGAUCAAUCUAUGAAUGUUAAUUACUACCAGGAACAACCACCACCACCACCAUCACAGCAGCCUAAUGUAUAUGAAAGACAGAACAGUCUUGAUAACUGGUGGAGAGAGAUCAUGGGAUCUUCAGAAACUUCUGUUGAAAAUCCAUCUCAUAGCCGAGAACUGAUUCAGAAUGCCACACUUCCUGUACCAUCUGGAGAAAUGGGUUGUGGAAAUCUUUUUAAUACAAGUUUAUCUUGCAACUCUUCUUCAUUUUUGAAUGGAAGUUCAGGCCAUUCUUCUGAAUGGGAUAAUCAGAACUUGUUGUUCUCUAAUAUUUCUGCUGCUAUUAACGAAAGCAAUUCACUGAUGGAAAUUGAGAAGAUGUUACGUGGAAACACUAUGAUGGGAAACCUUACUCUGCCAAACAUUAAUCUUGAUGAAGGUCUGAUGGAUGAUGGGAGCAGUGACUCAGCUGUUUGCUCUUUAGCGGGUUCAGCCUCACCAUUCCAGGAUUUUAACGAUAGCCAUAACCCAUCUCCUUAUGACCACAUUGAAGGUGCUACUGGUGGCAGUGAUUAUGAUAGCAGCAGCAGCAGCAGUGGUAGUGCUAAUGGUCACAGAGCUGUGAAAACUGAGCCAAACAGCAGUUAUUAUUGCAGUUAUGGAUCAAUGGGAGGUCAGCAAGUAGCCAGCAUGAACCAUUCGACUUCAUCCAAUGACACAGAUUUUAAUUACCAACCAAGCAAUACUAAUCACAUUCAGCACAAUCACACUUAUUCCCAGCAACAUUCGCAGCAGCAGCAGCAACAACAGCAGCAUCCCCAGCCACAAAAAUCUUCCUUGUCAAAUCCAAAAUCAUUGCGCCAAGAAAUGCUACCUGGUCCGCACAAAGGUUCCAAAUCUGCUGCGAUGUCUCAUUCUCGAGGACCCACUUCCAGAGAUCAAAAACGUCUGCGUGAAUUGAAUGUUCCCUUAACCAUGUCUCAGAUCAUUGACUCUUCAGUCGAGGAGUUCAAUGAGCUGGUACGGAAAUAUCCCCUGCCAGAGUCACACAUGCGUCUCAUCCGUGACAUUCGACGUCGAGGUAAGAACAAAGUGGCUGCCCAGAAUUGUCGCAAAAGAAAAUUGAAUGUUAUCGGCACUUUAGAGGAAGAAGUCUUGAACCUGCGUGAGACGCGCAAUCGACUGCUACUGGAAGGAAAUGUAAUCGACCGGAAAACACGGGAAAUGAAAGAAAAAUACAAAGUGUACUAUCAAGAAGUGUUUGCAUCACUAAGAGAUGAAUUUGGCAACCCUUACGAUCCGCAAGAAUAUUGCUUACAACAGUCAAGUGAUGGCAACGUGUUUCUUGUGCGCAAAAGUUUUACACCUGAAGAAAAAUCUCUAGAGUCGAACAGAAAAAAAAAAACAGAAGAUAAAUAA